CAGCUCCUCCGGUGGAAGGUCUGAGCGGCUCUCGGCUGCAGCAAGAGCGAAAAACAAACGGCUGCGGUGCGUUAGCUUAGCUUUACCGCUGUCUCUGAGGAAAACAGAGUAACACACUCCGGGCAACCAUGUCCGACGCUGUUAACACUACUUCUACAGACAACAACGGGCUUAACGGGUCCUGGGUGGAGUUGGAGAUGAACAGAGGCACAGCCGCAUCAGCCCAAUCAUCCUCCACAGGCGGCCCGGCCCCAGGCCUGCUGCCCCUCCCUCAGGUGGAGGAAGAGGAGGCCAUGGUGGGGGGCCUGGAGCACGUCCCGUCCUCGUCCUCAAUCCACAACGGAGACAUGGAGAAGAUCCUGCUGGACGCCCAGCACGAGUCAAGCCGCAGCAACUCCUCCUGCGACAGCCCUCCGCGGCCACACAGCCCCCAGGAUGACGGACAGAUCAUCUUUGACGUGGACGUGAGCGGCAGAAGAGACAGCCUAUCAGAAGAGGACGUCUUGGAAAAGGAGAGGGACAUGGACAUCCUGAUGAAGGACGCAGACUGGGUUGCUGACUGGUCUAGUCGACCGGAAAACAUUCCCCCCAAGGAGUUUCAUUUCCGUCACCCUCGUCGCUCAGUAACACUCAGCAUGAGGAAGACCGGGGCCAUGAAGAAAGGAGGAAUCUUCUCCGCCGACUUCCUCAAAGUCUUCAUCCCCUCGCUGCUACUAUCACACAUCCUCGCUCUGGGGCUGGGAGUCUACAUCGGAAAGAGGCUGACCACGCCAACCGCCAGCUCUUUCUGAACCUGAAACAGAAGUGCCUGAGAAGUGGCCACAAGUCGUCGGAGAAAGAAAGUUUUGCUGUCGGUCGAAGAACGGCUGUCUCUUCUCCCUCUGUCCCGCCUGCCCCCGCUUCCCCUCCUCCUCCCUGAGAUAUGACAUGUUCUCAGGAGAAAUGCAUCUGCCUUUUCCUCCCCUCUCUUUCUCUCGUCCUCUCCUUCCCCACCUUUUUUUUCUUGAUCGGCUGUUCUCUGACUGCCUAUAGAUACCCCCCCUUCUUCUCCCGCCUUAUAUCCUUCACUCAUUUGUGUACGCUUUUCAUAGAAUAAGGUCAUAUUUCCCCAGCGAUUGGGUUUAAUGUUUAUAACGGGUGGGUUAUUCAGGGAGGGUCACAGCAUCAAACCAAACUCUUCUACCACACACUGCCCCUUGAUCAUGUGACAACAAGGGAGGAUGGUCCAGUUUUAGAAGUGACCACAGAUUGUGCCACCUACACGAAGUAGCCCAUAAAAGGGUCAGACCAAAUUCCGAGUCGGCUACCCGAACUGAAAAUGUGAUCAUGCCUUUUUGAAAGUAGCCAUUUUCUUUUAUAUUUUCUUUUUUUUUAAUUUAUUUUACAACAGUGGUGGUUUAUUGAGGAGGUGUAAUGAUGGAAGGAGUUACCAUAGUGGCCAGGGAAAGUCUCCAGCUCUGUCUGCCAGAUGGGAGAGAUUUAUGUGACGUUUUUUCAGUUUUUCCAUUCAAUUCUGCACCUGAAUGAAUAUUUUGCAAAUUGACAAUAACUGGAAACCAGGGUGUAGGUGUGUGUUGUGCAGGCAGGCAGGCAGGCGGUGCGUUCCUCUCAGUGUGAACAGUAUUUUGUGCUUUGGCCUUAUGGGUAGCGGCGCUGCACCGUCCAGAAAGGUUCAGGCGUCUGUCCAAACAGUCGGUGUUGUCCUUCCAAUGAGCUUCCUGGUUUGACUGCGACAUAUCGUAGAGCCGGUUUGGUCCUGACGGAUCAGUUCCCACCUACUUUUACUCCAGACAGGGCUGGAUAUGACAUGUGGUGAUUGUUUCAUAGUUUUUAAGUCAUUGAAAAGGAUUCGGUAGCAAAAAGCUUAAAAACCUGAGAUUUGAAAUGAAGAAAACUUGCUUUGUUGGCAUUUGUUUUAAUUAAAAGUUCAGUAUUUCAUGAAAGAUAAGGUAAAUAUUAAACUGGAAAUACUUGACUUUUACUUUCAAGACAUUGGUUGCUGCCAUCUCUGUGAAAAAUGUCCAGUGGUAGCCAGCCCUGCUCUCUAACACACCAACAUGUUUUGCCAAAAUGAAGGGAACUUAUUCCAGGACAUUUGUUGCAGUGACACUGCACAUGUGCAGCAGCUUCUAAUCGACUGAAGGGAGGUUAGUUUUUACCUAACGAGGCUCUACUUUAUGUGUAAACACAGGUACUUAAAGGUCCACAGCGUGAUUGAGAAGUGGACCUUCCACAGCCAGACCUGGGUCAAAUAAUAUUUAAUUUUAGAUGUUCAGAUCUCAUUGAAUGCCAAAUAGUUUAUUCUUUAUUUCUGCAUGACAUACAAGGGUGUUUUUUUGGAGCAAACUCAUCCCAACCAGAAGUAAAUAAUUCCUAGAGAUGUGGUAUUUCAGUUAUUCAUGAGUAAAUUAACUCUUUAGAGCCUUUUCAGUUUUUCUUCCGCUUCUUUUUUUUUCUUUACUACUUUGUUGACAGAUGUACAGGUUUUGACUUCUAGGACGACACAGUUGAGUUUUAGUAUUAAAGGUGAGCAUUAUACUACCUGGCGUUGCUUUGUUGCCUUUUAAAGAAACAUGAUUUUAUGAUUAUUGCAUUUCAGUGUUACAUUUCACGGAGCAAGAAGAGAGUAGACAAAUAACAUAGGUAACUUCUAUGAGCUCUGACGGUCGCCAACGUCCGUCACAACGUUUUGAGUUGCAUAGAUGUGAACGUAUCUGAAAAAAUACUACUUAACUUUUUUCUGCUAUUGACAGCUACUUGAAAUCAAAUCAGCCUCUCUUUGAAAUAGUCUUGCUGCAAAUACUAUUUGACCCAGCAGGUCGACUCAGGACGUGUUAUCUCUUUGUUUUACCUCUUGUGACAGACUCAUUAACUACCAACGAUGAUUUGGGUCUUGUCUCCAUUUCAGCCACACAGGUACUGUUGUAUUGUGCGACACACAUGUCUGCCUGUGUUUGUACAUGCAGUGUUUGACGGCGCUAUUUUGGAUUCUUCUUUGCUGUUUUAAGUUGUCUGUAUUAAGUUUUUGUUUUUUUUCCGAUGUUGCAGAAAGAUUGUGAACGCGCAGAGCGGGAGAGUUUAAAAGUGUGAAAAUAUAGAACCCCUCUUGGUGAUGGCAGGGCCUAAUGUGAAUAGGAAAGGAAAGAGGCUUCCCUCAGACUGCGAUGGUCUAACAGUAGUUAUUGUAAUGAUGCAUUUGCUUUGUUUUUCUUUUUCCCACUACAUUGGAAGAUUUGAUGAACAUUUUGUCAUUAAAGAUGACCCAAAUGAAGCUUU